AUGACUACGCCGUUUGUGCAGUUGUUCCAAGAAGUCUGGAGGUCAAUUGGCCUCGAGCUUGUGAUUUUUGCAGUGACCCUCAUUUGUGCAUUUGCAGUGCGCCGUUUCUCUCCAUCGCCUGGCGCGAAGAGUGUUUCCCAGAAGGCUUGCGACCUGCCGAAAUCUUCUGCGCAGCCGAAGCGCUGCGAGGCGACGAAGCACCGCUUGCCCACGGAGCCUGCGGAGGUCCUGCGUGAAGUGAUGCAGUGUCUGCAGGAGCAGAACAGUGCCCCACGUCCUCCGAGCAGGAUCCUUGGGCUCUACUCCGAACUGCGCCACCUGCUUCGCAGCACGGGGCAGACGAUGGCAGAAGUUGCGGCCGAGUCCGGGCAGCGAGCGGCGGAUCUGUAUUCUGGGCUGACGCAACUGGCAAUUCGAUCCGGAAAGCACCAGAUGCUCAACUCCAUCAUAGAUGACAUGGUGCAGAGCGAGGUGCCACGGUCGCUGGCCUUCUACGAGAGCGUCAUGAAGCAGCUGGCUGUUCAGAGACAGUUUCGUUUAGCACUGCGAGUCUACGAUCGCCUCGUAGAGGAUGGUCUCGAGACCACGGCCAUCACUUGCAGCUGCCUGGUCCGCUUCGCUGCAGAGGUCGGUGACUUCACUCGUGCCCGAGAGUUCUUUGAGAAGCUGAGCUCUAUGACGACUCCUUCUAUCCGUGCCUACAUGACCAUCCUGGGGGUUCACAACAAGCGACAAGACUGGCCCAGCGCCUUGGCCACCAUCCGGGACAUGAGGAGCCGAGGCGUUUCCGUUGACAGCCUCGCGCUGAACGUCACACUCUCCACAGGGGUUGCCGCAGACAAGGUGGACGAAGUCUUGGACCUUCUGACUGAGGCCGAGCAGAUGAAGCCAUCGGUCGCAGACGUCGUGUCCUACAACACCCUCAUCAAGGCGUUUACACAACGGGCCAACUACGACGCAGCUUGCGAGGUGAUGCAGAGAAUGAAGGCCCGCCGGAUUUCUCCCAACGCGAUCAGCUUCAACACGAUCAUGGAUGCCGCGGUGCGCGCGGGACGGCCCGAAGAAGCCUGGAGCCGACAGCAGGAGAUGCGACAACAUGGCUACAAGCCGGACAAGUUCACAUGCUCCAUCCUGGUCAAGGCCUUUUGCAAAGCCGGGGUGAGCACCAAAGAGGAGACUGUGGGCCGGGCCAUAUCCUUGCUCGAUGAGGCUGAUGACUGUCUGGAUGCGAACCUGAAGGCAACCUUGUACAACAACGUUCUCGAGGCGGCCACAAAGGCCGACAUGAGCGCCUCGGUGCUGAAGGUCAUGCAGCAGAUGCGACAUCGACGAGUCAGCACAGCACAGACUCAUCAGAAGUCCAUCGCAAGCGCAUUGCUCGAUGAGAGCGGACAGUGA